AUAAUAUCAGAAUUACUUUGGGGGAGAAAGAGAAACAGUGUAGUUACUAGUUGCACCGUGAUGAUUCAAUCUCAAGCAUUGAGCUGAUUCGAUUGAAGGAGGAUCAGUGAUGAAGCAGCGAGAGUUGACUGUGUUGCUAUGCCUCAUUUGGGCACUCACCCUCCUCUACGGGGAGAUGUUCGCUUACUGGCUUCCAUCCCUCUUCACCUGUUCCUGGCCCCAUCUUCUCCGCACCACCACCACCACCACCACCCCUUCUUCUUCUUCAACGGUUCAAACAGACAGUGGGAAUCAUCAAGCUCGUUAUGUAAAAGUUGCUGUUAUUGCAGAUCCACAGCUCAUGGAUAAAACUUCUCUCCGUCUUCCUGAAAAAUCGCUUGCACUGGAGAUUGCAGAAUUCUACACUGAUUUAAACAUGCGCCGAUCAUUCUUUGCAUCUAUCCUGCCUUUCAAACCUGAUGUCAUAUUAUUUUUAGGUGAUUACUUUGAUGGAGGUCCUUAUUUAUCGGAUGAAGAAUGGCAGGAGUCUUUCAAUCGCUUCAAACAUAUCUUUGGUUUGAAUGCACAAGGAAAAUACACAGACAAGCAAGUUUACUACAUUCCUGGAAAUCAUGAUAUUGGUUAUGAAAGUCUUCAUUCUCAAAAGCCAGAGGUUAUCCGACGCUAUGAGGCAGCAUUUGGAACUAGGAACUACAUAUUUACUGUUGGAAAAGUGGAUUUUGUUGCUGUUGAUGCUCAAACUCUGGAUGGAAAUCCACAAAAGCACCUGACUUCUCAAACUUGGGAGUUUGUGAAGAAUAUAUCUAGCGAUGAUGUAGUUCAUCCAAGAGUCUUGUUGACACAUAUUCCUUUAUAUCGACGUGAUGAUACUUACUGUGGCCCUGAUCGCAGUUCCCCAAUUAUCAAUCAGAAGAUGCAUCGCGCUGUGCAUGGCAAUACUAAUAAUAUAUUAUAUCAAAAUUAUGUUUCUAAGGAGUCAUCCAAGUAUUUACUGGAUACAAUCAAGCCUAAGUUUAUUUUCUCUGGCCAUGAUCAUGACCAGUGCACUAUCACUCAUCAAUAUGAAUUUGGGCCUGCAAACGAGCACACUCUAGGUACUAUAAGCUGGCAACAAGGAAAUUUGUAUCCUUCUUUCAUGCUGUUAUCAGUUGACAACUCACCUCGCCCAAAUGCUUCCAUUCCAGAAGAGGUUUUGUUGACUCAUCUUUGUUACCUGCCAAUGCAAACACACAUUUAUAUAUGGUAUGCUGUGCAAUUUGUUCUCACCCUUCUUGCCUUACUACUAUGGCCAACAAGUAGCACAAGUUUUUGGCAUCAGUGUUGGAGCUUGGCGAGCCAUUUUAAACAACUAAUAGCUUGCAUCGUGUCAAGAAGCGAUACAAAAGAGAAGGAUGAGGAUGCAAAUUAUGAAUAUGAGAUGAUGUGGGAUGCAGAUGGAUCAAUGCAUCUUAUAAAAAAACCCUUGAAUGCGUCGAUUGUAAAUUCAAAUGAACUGAGCUCAGGAGAAAGGGGUAAUAUGGUGAUGCGGCCAAGUGCUAGAAAAAAUACAGCUCAGGAAGCAGAUGUCUCUGUGAAUGUGGAUAUGGGAUCAAGCACUGGGCUUGAUCCUGUUGCAAGAAUACUUCCUAGAACAGGAAAAUCAAGGACAACAUUUAUUAUCCAAAGAUUGUUACGCACACUGCGAAUGCUGACAGUUAUUGCUGCGGUGAAUGUUCCUCUUUACAUGAUGCUGCUAUUCAAGGAUUGGAUUGACAAAUAAAGACUUCCUAUUGGAGUGAUAUAUCAUUCAGGUUUUACAUUCUGUUUUUCAUUUUUUAAUGAAGAUUCGUAGAUCCAGUUAGAUAGAGCAAAUAGUUAAUCAUGUCUUGAUGCUUGUGAAUGUUAACUGGGUGGCUUGUAACAUAUCUCAAUUAUUCAUGGUAGGGCCAUGAUCAUUUGCAACAUCACCUGUAAUAGAUGGUUUUGUAACAUUAUUUUUCUGUACUGCUGUGGAGAACUUGAGGUUUCUUUAACUUCA